AUGUACAGCGGAGCCUCGACCUCAGCCUCGCGCUUCGGCGCGCGCCCCACGGGCGCCAACUCCUUCCGCCUGCGGUCGGACGAGAACCGCCGCCCCAACUUCGGCCGGCCUGAGGCCUCGCCGGGCUCUGCUGACGUCGACAUGAAGGACGCGUCGCCUGCCUCCUCCGCGUCCGGGCGGUUCCAGAGGCCGUCACCUGCUGCGGCCGCCGCUGCCGCGAACCGUCAGGCGCUGCGAGACCGACCCACUACAAGCUACCGAUCGACGGCUACGAGUCGAUUAAUGGCACCGACGGCGUCUUCUCUGGCGCAUCGAUCUGCACCACGUGCGUCGCCUACUUCGUCGGGGUCUACGCCGUCUUACGCUCGUCCGACGGCCAGCAGCACCACUGGAAGGUUCCAGGGGACGAGAGUUCCGUCUGCACCUACGAAACCCACGGGCGCGAGCAGGUUCCAGUCGGCUACUACCGGUUCGACAGCUCGGACAGCUGCAGCGAGACCGACGUAUUCUAGUACUGGUGCAACUAGCAGGUUCCAGUCGGCUUCGAGGCCGCGAGCAGGUUACGGAGCGACUCGAACGCAGCAACGCACGCCGACUCCGCCGCCUCAACAGCAGGUGCAACAGCAAACCGCUCCUCCGCCAGCUCCUGCUGAAAUGAUGGACUACGAGGAUCAACAGACUCAGCAGGAACGGGAGCAGGAGCAGCAACAGCAGCCGCCGAAAGCGUGGAGUCUUGACGAUUUUGAGAUUGGACGCGAACUGGGGGCUGGCAAAUUCGGGCAGGUCUACCUGGCCCGAGAGAAGAACUCGCGCAAGGUUGUGGCGCUCAAGGUGCUAGUGAAGGAACAGCUGAAAGCGGCAGGCGUGGCUCACCAGCUGCGUAAGGAAGUCGAGAUUCACUCGCGCAUUCGACACGAAAACGUCCUACCCCUCUACGCUACGUUUCAGGACUCCACUCGAGUGUAUCUGGUGCUGAAGUACGCUGGAGGAGGAGAUCUGUACAAGAAGAUGCGCUCCAUGCCUGGACGCCGCUUUCCGGAGCGCCAAGCAAUGUUGUACACCGCACAGCUUGUCAGGCAGGACAUACCCGCCACUUUACAAUUUUUCUAG